GACUGUGUACGAUUGGUAACUGCCAUGCACAUAUUAGUUCGGUCGUGUGCCUCUACUGUUUUCGCGACCGAUGUUACAAUUUUAUUCUCUACCGACAGUAAUAGACGUUAGAUACCUGUUGCAUCCACUGAAUAUAAACAAAUUUAUUUUCUUUCAUACAGAAUAUUGAUAUUAUUAUAUUGCAAAGGAGAUUUAUUUUAUUUUAUUUAUGUGAAUUUUACAUAUGCAAAAAUUCGUUGAAACCGUUUUCAAAAAUUCGCUUUUUGUUCAGGUCUACUAGAACACUCGAGAAUGCCCUCGAACAAAGAAAAAUGUAGCUUUUGGCAGCAGAGGUAUUUGAUAAGUAUACUAGGUUUUGUAGCAUUGGCGAUCAGCUAUGUACAGCGGUUUUGUCUAAGUUUAGCUAUUACGGAGAUGGCUGAUGGACAUCAUCAACACUCACUGAAAAACAGUUCCCAAAUAUGCAAGUCAGAAAUACAAAAAAGUGGCAACUUGUCUGUUUCAAUUGAAAAGGAUUUAGAGUUUGAUUGGGAUGAGAAAACCCAAGGAUUAAUAUUGGCUUCUUUUUUCUGGGGUUAUGUUAUUACACAAAUACCAGGUGGUAUGUGGGCGGACAAAUAUGGAGGAAAAAUCACUGUUGCAUUGGGUGUAAUGUUCAGUAGCUUAGGCAGUUUGUUAACACCUUAUGUAGCCAGAAUAUAUGGCCCAACCGCUUUAGUGGUCCUACGCUUGUUGAUUGGGCUUGCUCAGGGACCGUUGUAUCCAUCGUUAAACAGACUUUUAGCCUCUUGGGUACCCAUUGAAGAACGUGGACGUUUGGGCUCAUUGGUAUUUGCAGGUGCUCAAGUAGGUAACGUAUUAUCCAUGCAAAUGGGUGGGUUUUUAAUGCGUUACUUCGAUACUUGGACUAGUGUAUUCUACAUAUUUGGAUCCCUUGGAUUUUUUUGGCUUAUGUUUUGGCUAUUAAUAGCCUACAAUCAUCCGAAUCAUCACCCCUUUAUUGGGUCAAAGGAAAAACGUUAUCUUAGCGAAGCAAUACAUACUCAUGAUCCAGAAGAUAUGGAAAAAUUAGAGAUUCCUUGGAAAGAAAUAUUCAAAUCUAGACCUGUUUGGGGUUUAAUUAUAAUUCAUAUUGGACACGAUUGGGGAUUAUUCGCAAUGAUUACUGAUUUACCCAAGUACAUGAAAUCUGUUUUAGGUUUUUCAGUAGCUCAAAAUGGAUUACUAUCAGGAUUACCUUACAUAUUAAUGUGGUUAGUAGCUAUUGGAUCUGGAUUUAUGGUUGAUUCUCUUAUAGCAUCUAAACGGUACUCAAUAACAUUAAUUCGAAAAAUAUUUGUAACCAUAGCUAGUGUAGGACCAGCAGUUGGUAUUGUAUUAGCAUCAUACUCAGGAUGUGAUAAAAUGUGGGCAGUAUUUAGUUUUACCCUAGGUAUGGGGUUGAUGGGAACUUUCGUGCCAAGUUUAAAAGUCAACGCUUUAGAUCUCAGUCCAAAUUUUGCUGGUACCUUAUUAGCGAUUGUUGGCACCAUUGGAUGUUUAUCUGGUACAAUGGCUCCUUACAUUGUUGGUUUAAUGGUUCCUAAUAGUUCACUGGAAGAAUGGCGUAGUGUUUUCUGGUUAUCAGCUGCAAUAUUAGUGAUUACAAAUGUAGUUUUCAUAGAAUUAGGAUCUGCUAAAGUUCAACCAUGGAAUGAAACAAAAAAACGAAAAUACGACGAAGAAAAUGAUUUCAAAAAUUUCACACCGAUACUUAAACCAUUAUAAAUUUAGUAAAGCUUUGUUUUUAAAUUUUGUGUGUACUAUUUUUUAUAUUUAUUUCAUUGAAAAUAUAACAUUGUUUUAAAUGUUAUAA